UUUCCAGCUGUUUGUGUCCCAAGCGCUUGGUGCUGGGUGUCCGAAGCCGUGCUCCGAGGUGCACAGCCAGGCCCUGCAGUACGAGGCCCGAGGAGCACGGCACGCCGGCGGUGACAUCUCCUCCUGCUCUCCCUGCUCCAGGUGGGGCAGCUCCGAUGUCCGCCAAGCUCUACGUCCUCAUCAGCUGGCCUGACGGCAGCCGCGUGAUCAGCAUCGAGAACAUCAAGGAGCCGCGGAAGCCCUUCCACCUCUACGCGGUGGGCGAGCAGGUGCUGGCCCGCUGCCCCGGCUUUAGUGGGCUCUACUGGGGGAUUGUGGAGGGCAUAAGUGAGCAUAAAGAUAUUUUAGAGAAAAGGCUGCUGGAAGAUAGACAGCUUCUGGAGAAGUUAAAAGAAGAACCCGCCAUCCAUAGCAUGAUGCCGCCCCCGCCAAAAAAAUCAAGGAAAACCUUCCCAAAGUGGACCCCGGGGAAUACGUCCAGGAAAUACCACGGCGACAGGACCUACCCUGCCAAGCCGCUGCUGCGGGCUGCCGAGGCAGGCUCGCCCCAUGACGUUGGCAGCUCCUCCGUCAUCAAGGAGAGACGUGCCCUGGGCAGCGCAACGGGAAGUCCCUGCACGCUGGUGGCACCCCACCACCCUGCCAGUGCCUUCAACCCACCGCCCAGCUUCGUGACCCUGGCCGUGCCGGGGACCUCCCAGAGCGAGGAGGACAGGCCUGGCACAGCCCCCAGAGAUUACGUGGCCCUGGCAGCGAAGAGGAAAUCAGAUGGCAUCUUGUCUCAGUGCCUGCAGCACAUCCGUCUGAACAGUUGUGAAGAACGAAAGCUAGAAGGUUUGCAAGAGGCAGAUGACUUUGAGAGAGUUCAGAAAAAAAUUGUUCCUGGUGAAAUGGAAAGGGCAGAGAAGGUUGAGCAGCUGGAGAGGAUUGUCUUGGAGCUCCAACAGGAUGUCCUCACUCUGAAGAGGAAGGUGCAGAGGCUGGAAUCCCUGUCUUUCCAGGAGGAACCUCACCGACAGCCAUGCGAGGUGGUGGAGCUCUUCAAUGGCUACACGAGGGAACAGCUCAAAGAGGCCAUCCGCUUUGACCAGAAAAUCAGCACAGCCUGCAAGACACUCCUCUACAAGCUUUUCACGUCCGACUAUAUCCAGAGCCACUCCAUCACGGGGCGGAGGGGCAACACUUUCCGAGAGGCAAAACCCAUGAUGGACGAACGAUGCAUCAAAAUCAUUCGGGUGCUGUUGAAGCAGAAGUUUGGAGAUCACCUCAGUGACACGGUGAUCACAGAGAAGAUACAAAACGUGCAGAAAGCCCUGAGGCAGAAAUUUAAGACAGAAUGUCUCUGAUGCCUGGAGGAUUUGGUGUCUCUGCUCCUGCCACACUCAUCAGUGUACCUGAGUCCAUACUGCUGCUGCUUUGUAGACUCCCUGCCAGGAACCAGCCCAAGUGAACCGUGCAUUAAACACAUCACAAGCCUUUCAAUGCCAAACAUCUGCCUGCAGUAACCCUGCAAGAAGCUUGCCCAGCUUUGCUAGAACUUUGCACAUCUGCUGGCACAUUACAAGUCAUGUCUCCUCUUGUGUGCAUGCAGAUCUCACUCUGGGGUCCCUGUGAUCAUCUCCAGGCCUUUUUGGUUAACAGUCAAAUGGCUUGAUUGCUGCUGGAUCCAAAUAUGGGUUGGUAAACCAGCCUUGUUCCACUUUUCCUUCUGAAACAUAAUUCUGCAGACCUCUUGGGAACCAGACAGUAAAACUGAGAUACGGUCAGGGCUGAAACUCUAGGAAACUUGAAGUUCUCUCUUUUCUUCCCACCUAUACUGCAGAAAGUCUGUAUGUCAGCUCCAGCUCAAAUGGAGAUGUGCACUCUACCCUCUUCGCUAAUGUGCAUUUCUUCCUCUGUCUGACAACCCUGGUUAAGAACGAGGAGGGAAGGAGCGGUGAGGGAGAACCACCACUGACCAAGGAAAAGGUUGUCACUGGACACUUCCCAGGCAUCAUUUUCCUACCACGUGAGGACUGAGACGUGGAUGCUCCACAGGGCUCCCCUUCCCGCAGGUCAGGGAGAAGGGUCGGCUUUGGGCGAGUAGUGUAACCCCAAAGAAAGCUAUGACCUCCAGCUGCAGAUGGACUUUGUGUCGCUCCACACAGCUUCUCCCCGCAUGGCCAGGGCUGCCGGCUUCUGCUUGUGGGACAGUAUUAGCUCCCUUUGCUCCCAGUGAAUGCAUUUUACAAUUCCCUGUGGUAACAGAAAGGCAGACUCAAUAAAACAACUCCAUAAAACCUUCAGAGAA